AUGCUGGUGGUUCAGUACGACAUGUCCCUGAACUCACUUUCGAACCCCAACGUGGACUUCCGCGAGACUUCAUUUCUCAGGGAUUCGACUGGGCGAAAUCAUGAGCUGCCUUCGCCGUCUGAGGUCGACGAGCGCAAUGCCAAAAAUCCCGGUCUUGGCGUCACGAUAUAUGAGGGGUUGAAUCUUGUGGUCAAAUCUGGUCAUUGUCAACAUGGUCGAUUGGAGGAAGCUCUUAUGAUGCGAGCACUGCGAAAGGCUUUUCCAAAUGGAGAGGUGCCGGUUCCUGAGGUCUUCGGCUGGAAGACCAUAGGCGAGUUGGAAUACAUUUACAUGAGUCUUGUCCCAGGUGUGCGCUUAUUUGAUGCAUGGGAUUCUCUAUCUGCAGAUGACAAAACAUCCAUCUGUGACCAGCUAGGGAAGAUUCAAACGGAUCUCCAGAAAUUGAAGCAUCCGUCGGGCACUUUUAUUGGAUCCCUCACUGGAGGUGUACUUCACGAUCGCUAUUUCACCUGCCACCCAAGGAUUACAUCAGCAGGUCCAUUCGAGAGCACCAGGGAUUUCCACGAUUACUUCCAGUUCGCAUCGCUCGCAUGGCUCCCAAUGGCAGAAAGAGAUUUUGAGGACCCCUAUCGGCCUUAUCUGCCUGACGUUGCCCCAAUCCGUUUCUCCCACGAGGACUUGCACCUGGGAAAUAUCAUGGUCUCAGAUGAUCCGUCGGAGCCGUGCAGGGUAACGUCGAUCAUUGACUGGGAGGAGGCUGGAUGGUAUCCAGAAUACUGGGAGUACUGGAAGACGGCAGUGGUGGUCGGAGAAGAACAUGAGAUCUGGACCGGAGGCGGGACAGACAGUGACCCUCGCGCAUAUGUUGAUAGGAUCUUCCCAAAACGAUACCACGACGAGUUAUUUGCUGUUGGGGAGUACUGGGCUGCGAGAGGGUAUCGUUGA